CAGCCUCGCGAUGUCUCAACGCGACGAUCAAGUUUUGCGGACGGGGAUCGCGGCCAAGUUGUGCGCUCACAUUUACAACGCGCAACUGAGUGAGCCAGUGCCUCGGGUUGUGCGAAGCUGAGGACUCUAGACUGAAAGCGGCGCGAGAGCAAACAAAGCUCUAAACUUCAGACAUGCCCGCACGGUGCUCGGAGUUGAACGACACAAUAAACAUAGAAGAUUGACAUACAGGCGCAACGCCGCCCAAAGAAGAUGAAGCGCGCCACUGCGGCAGAUGCGAAGGCAGCUCUCUUUAUGAGGAGGUUCUUGAGAGGGUAUCGCACCGAUGAGCAGGAGAGGCUGAAGCUCAUAAAGGAGAUCAAGAGGGAUUUGCAGGAGAAUGCAGCGCUGGACAAGGAGAUUGAACAGGAGCUGGAAUGGAGUGCGACGAUGAAUAGGAGAGGACACGGAACAGCGCCAACAGAGAGUCUCGAUGAACCACUCUUCGAGGCUGCUGGGCAGGAGACGGCGCGAACGCCAUUGAGGGAGAGAGGGGCCCGCGAAGCAGAAGCAGAAGGAGUGAAGCGCACAGCGCACAACGACCCAAGAAGAACACCAACUGCCAAAGAAGAGACAUUGCCGACCUCGCCUGCUCCCUUCUACGAUCAAGACGAUGAGGAGAUCAUCUUCAAAUCUGAGCCUCGCUCCAGCCCGCUCAGCACUCGAACUGCUGUAACUCCGAAGCCCCUCCAACAGCAGAGCUCCCAGCGGACGCCAUUGCCACCGAAGCAGACACGAGCUCGCAAAGAAGGCCAGAAGACGAUGCCACCACCAAACACCUCAGAUUUUCCCGAGAUUCAGCUUGGAAGAUUGCGGCCAAGAAUGUCACAAGUCAACAAAGAUCAGCAGAAGUAGAAGCUACGGCUAGGAGUGCAACCAUUGGAGAUUGACAAGAAGCAAAUCGUGCUGCAGAAGCUGGACGGAGUAGCCAGACUUAUGGCUCCUGGGCCAGAGUGAAUCUAUCUCGAUACACAGACGAUGCAUAAGUGCACCACAGAUUACCCGUUCGAUGGCCGACAAGGCCUCG